UUUGUUUCGAAUAAUAAAUUUUGUUUAGGUAGACUUGAUUUGUUAAGUUUUGUAUUUGUUAUUUGAUUUUGUGUUAGGUUUUUUGAAUUGCUAUUUUUUAUAUUUAGCGAUAUGGAUAUAUUUAAUACUAAUGUGAAUAAAAUAAAAAUAAAGAAUUCAUUUCUUCUAAUAUCAAAUUGUCUUACAUGCAAAAUUGUUGCUAAAAAGAAUACUGAUAUUGAAUUAUCAAGCGAAUUUCUUAUGUUACCUGUUGAUAAUGGGCACAAGAAACUUUCUUUCAAACAUGUUAUCCAUGUGGAGGUUUUCCUUUUCUUUUUAAAAUUCUUUAAACUGGUGAUGCGACAUUAG